AGCCGCCACCUCAUCUGUGGUGCAAAACGUCAAAGCCCAUGGCGAGGAAGUUUGGUAUUUAGCGGAGUGAAAGUUUUCAAGAAAAGGGAAAAUUAAGCACAAAAUGCAUCCGUGGAUAGUUAAAUUAUUUAUUUUGUGCAUCUGCGUAUUCGGCGCACGUGGCAUAAUGUUCAACCUGCUGCCGAAUACGCAGAAAUGCCUGCGAGAUGAGAUGCAACCGAAACAGCUCGUAACGGGAGAGUACGAAGUGACGGAUCUGCCGGGUCAGAAGGUUGACUAUGUGGUGCGCGACUCAAAAGGACACAUUUUGUCACAAAAAGAUCAAAUCUCACACGGGAAGUUUACAUUCUCAUCAGAACACUACGAGACCUUUGAGAUUUGCUUCGUAUCGAAAGUAUCUCCACAUCAACGUGGGAUGAACCAUGACGUGUACCUUUCAAUCAAGAAGGGCAUUGAGACCAAGACAUAUGAAAGUUAUGGUGAGGCGGCAAAAUUGAAACCACUGGAGAUCGAUAUGAAGCGCCUUGAGGAUCUUUCGGAUUCAAUUGUUCAGGAUUUUGCCAUAAUGAGGAAGCGUGAAGAGGAGAUGCGUGACACGAAUGAGUCCACAAACAGCCGCGUGCUGUUCUUCAGUAUUUUCAGCAUGUGCUGCUUACUCGGGCUGGCCACGUGGCAGGUUCUCUACCUGCGGAGGUACUUCAAGGCGAAGAAACUCAUUGAGUAGACCAAAAUUCUACGAUUUUCUUUUCUUUUCUUUUUUUUUGUGAGUAAUUAAGUGUUGCGAGGGGUGGGGAGGGGGGUGGGUGCAAGAAAUGAAAUAAAGCUUCGCGCCAGAUCAUCUGCCGCAUCGAAUAAAUCAUAAAUUCGUUUCGCGAUAUCACAAAAAUAAAUUAUUAGCCGGUCAUGAAAAAAAUAAAAUCUCCACGGGAGGAGAGAGAUAUUUACUUAUGUAUGACUUUUUUUUGUCUUUGAGGGUAAAUAAACACUUAAUUGUGCA